UGUCAAAUGCGGCGUUUCAUAAAAUAUGGGCAUGUGCUGCGGAAUCACGCGUGUUUAUAUUUUCGUCUGAAUUGUUCGUACAAUUUAAACGUAGAACAGUGUAAAGGAUUUGAAAAUGCCUCUACCAAGUGGGAAAUGGGUCGAUUUGUCCACACCGUUAAGUGCGCCGGUGCUCGAAGUGAUUGAAGGACUUGGCUUUGCCAAGAUGACACCAGUUCAGGCUGCUACCAUUCCACUGCUUUUGGGUUACAAAGACGUGGCUGCAGAAGCGGUUACAGGCUCCGGCAAAACACUAGCAUUUGUCGUGCCCUUGCUAGAGCUGUUGCUCAAAAGGAAGCGCAAUGAGGAAUGGAAAAAGCACGAAAUCGGAGCAGUUAUCGUUUCGCCCACCCGUGAAUUGGCCACCCAAAUACACGACGUACUGGCAGAGUUCCUAAGCCACAAAAAACUGUGCUGCUUUCGACAGAAGAUGCUCAUCGGAGGAAAUGCCGUUGAAGAAGAUGUACUAGCGAUCCUGAAUGAAGGUGCCAACAUACUCGUAGCCACCCCUGGCCGGCUACAGGAUCUGUUUGAGCGUAAAGGAGACCUGAAUCUGGCCGCAAAGGUGAAGAAUCUAGAAUUGCUAGUGCUGGACGAAGCGGACCGUUUGCUAGACAUGGGAUUUGAGGCGAAGAUCAACACCAUUCUAGCCUAUCUUCCACGGCAGCGUCGAACCGGGCUAUUUUCCGCCACACAAACCAAGGAGGUAAAGGAUUUAAUGCGCGCUGGUUUGCGCAAUCCCGUGUUGGUCAGUGUACGCGAGAAGGCUACGACAAGCACACCGAAAUUAUUGCAAAAUUAUUACAUCUUCGUUGAGCCAGAGCAAAAACUGGUUGCGUUACUAGAAUUUAUACGCACCCAAAGCAUUAAGAAAGCGAUGAUAUUUUUUCCCACUUGUGCUUGCGUCGUGUACUGGUCGAUCGCUCUGAAGGAACUCGUUUCAUCGAUGCAAGUAAUGGCCUUGCACGGAAAAAUGAAAUCAGAACGAUUCCGCAUAAUGAAAUCCUUUCGCGAAGCUGGCAGCGCGUUGUUACUCUGUACCGAUGUGGUUGCCCGUGGCGUCGACAUCCCCGAAGUGGACUGGGUACUCCAGUGGGAACCGCCAUCAAACGCAGCUGCAUUCGUUCAUCGUGUGGGCCGUACAGCACGCCAGGGAUCGGAAGGAAAUGCGCUCAUUAUGCUGCUACCCACAGAAGAUGCGUAUGUAGAUUUUUUAACGCGCAAUCAAAAAGUUUCGCUCAAGCAAUUAGAAUUGGACCUGUCCGGAGCAAAACUGGCGAAAACGUUAGAAACGUUGCAUCAGCUCCAGCGGAACGAUCGUGCUACGUUCGACAAAGCGAACCGAGCGUUUGUGUCACACGUGCAGGCUUACAGCAAACACGAAUGUAACUUAAUUUUACGCUUGAAAGAUCUUGAUCUGGGUAGGAUAGCGACCAGCUAUGGACUGCUGCAGCUACCCCGCAUGCCCGAGAUGAAGCCCCAGUUCAAGGAUUCGUUCCGUGGACCGGAGCAGACGGUGGACGUAUUCGCGCUCGUUUACAAGGAUAAGCAAAAGCAAGCGUCCUUUGAGAGCAAGCUGAAAACGUACGCCGAGACUGGGGAAUGGAAGGGCAAAAAGAAACUUAUUCGCAAGAAAUCCAUUCCCUGGGAGCUGGCCAACAAGGAACGCGAGGAACGCAAGGAAAUACGCAAGAAACGAAUGGAAAAGAAACAGAUACGAAAGGCCGCCAUUGAAGCGGGUGUUGCAGUUCCGGCCAAAAAGAAACGAGCAAAAUUUACGCAGGAAGAACUAGACGAACUGGCCAACGACAUCCGGCUGCUGAAGAAGGUGAAAAAGAAAAAAAUCACCGAAGAGGAAUACGACGACGAGAUGGGCAUAAAGGAAGCGGAUGAUUGAAUAAACUCAGAAUAAGCUAAACACGUUCAGUUUUGUAAUGCUAAAUAAAGUUUCUAUUCAAUGGAAUCAA